CGACGCUACAUUUAGCCACUCGUUCAUGUGCAUUAUUUAAUCUCACAUUAUCCGUUAACAAUUUUCAACAAAUUCAGGUCAUUCAAUAUCAUUUAUGUUAAUGUUGAUAUUUUAUACAUCUGUCAUGUGAUAGAUUCAUUUAAACAGUCAGCUUUAUUGAUUUACCUCAAAGAGAAAUCAAUAAAAACACUUUAGUAGAAAGAAAACAACAUAUCUAUUGAACACAAUGAACACAUUGGUGUUGUAUUUAAAAUUUUUACAGUAAAAGAAAACAUAUUUAUUUCUUCAACAAAAUAAAAUGCCAAAAAGUUCACCUAAAAAAAGUGGAAGUAAUAAAGAUUCUCCAAAAAAAGGAUCUCCUGGAAGUAGUAAAAAAGAUAAAAAAAAGAAAAGUCCAAAUAAAAAAAGUUCACCAACAAAAUUAGAAAUCCCUCCACCACUUCAAAUUAAAAAUAUUAAACGUAAACUUGUUUCAACAAAUGAUGAUUGGCCAAUCUAUCAAUUUGUCAAUUAUUCUUGUCCAGUAUGCAAGAUAACAUUACAUUCAUUUCAAAAAUUUAUUGAACAUUCUUGUUGGCGUAAAUAUUAUUUAGCUAGAUUUCAUUUAGGCGAAACACAAGCCUUCGCCUGUCGUACAUGUAAUCAAGUAUUUUAUUCACAUGCAGAUUAUAAUUUACAUAAAUGUAAUAAUCAUAAAAAAUGUUAUGAACAAAUGUAUCAUGAAGUUGAAGAAGUUCUCCCAAUCACUUAUACAGAUCAUUUUAAUUUCUAUAUAGCAUGGAAUCGUCGACAAGAUUGGGAGAGUAAACCACAUGAACCAGAAUGGCAAUUUAUUGUACGUUGUAGUAAAUGUAGUAAUAUGUUUAAAACAAAACUUCAAUAUCUAUUACAUUCAUGUUUUCAAUUCGCUUUAUUACCACCAGUACUAAUUAGACGUUUAAAAACGUGUAUUGAAUGUCAUUUUGUAUUUUUAAAUGAAAAGCAGUAUACUACUCAUUUACCGUAUUGUCGUGAAGACAGAGCAUUUUGUAUUGAUUUUUCUGUUAGUCUAACUGAAUUAGCCAAUCAACAAUUUGUUCUUGGUCGACAUUGUUAUGAAUUUGAUUAUCAUUUACAUCAUGGUGGAGCAUUUAAAGAACGUCGACCAGGUGAACCGCCUGGGGUCAUACCACUGCCACCUGAUCCAUUACCACGUGGACCUGAUAUAUCAGUGAAUUGUUUCCUGUGUGGUUUUAAACAACCAAGCCUUGUUGAAUAUUUUUAUCAUCCAUGUGUGGCGGGAAAAUUGAUUACACCGUUAAGUUUAGAGAUUAUGUUCUUUUGUAAUGAAUGUCAUUGUUUAUUUUAUAAUUUUGAAGAAUUUACAGAGCAUGGGAAAUCGUGUUCAUCAUUAAUAUUUACAUUUAUUCGGUUGAAUACACCAGAAUUGAUAAGACUGGCGUUGAAAAGAUGGACAAUUGAUGUUAUGUCUAAUCCUUAUUUGCCAGCACGUCAAGUGAAAUUCUUGUGUAGUAUAUGUAAAGAAGUAUUUCGAUGGUUCGAUCAAUUCCUGUCACAUCCGUGUCCUAGAAGAGAACGUUAUGAACGUCUAUUUCUACAACCUAUGGCACUGCUGGAAACAUUCACCUGUCAAGCAUGUCAUAUAGUUUUAUUUUCAAUAUCUGAGGCUGUUAGUCAUUCUAGUGAAUGUCGAAUUGGUAAACAUACUAAAAUGAUUCAGAUCCACUAUACACUAGAUGAAGCGAUCAUUGCACUGACUCCAUGGAUGCGUGGACCACAACUUCUACAAUUCGAUAUUAAUAUUGGAGUUGGUGAUAUCAAUGAAGAACUUGCCUAUAGAACAGAUGAAUACUAUGAACAGCAUGGAAUUCAAAAACCAAUAUGUCCGUCGAAAGAGCCUAAAGCAUCAGAGAGGAUAGCUAAAUGGUUGAAUGAAAGAGCUCGACGGGCUUGUAUUGAAUUGACGCGUUUAUCCACUCCAGAGUAUAAUAAUCAUCAGUAUAAACCAUCAUCGUUAAAAUUACCAACAUUGAAUCAUAUGAAAGUGUCACAUGGAUAUAGUCGUUAAUUGUCAGAAGAGAAAUGUUGAAGACUCUAAAUGAAACUUGCUUUUAUUUGUUUUAUUACUUCAGUGAUACCUUAUUCAACCAAUAUUCAAUGUGUAUUGUAUAACAAGAGUAGAUGAAGCUUUAUACCUAAACAAUAAAGUAUGCUAGUAUUCUCUGGCAUAAAUAUGUACACAAACUUGUCGUUCUUAAUUAGUGAAAGC